AUGGCACAACAGCGAAAAAAUGCUCCUUUUCUCUGCAAAGUCAUUCAGUUCUCGCGUUUGGAAAUUCUUCUUCACAUGAUCUUUGUGAUGGAAUCAAGCGGAUGGCAGGUCGAAAAAAAAAGUUGUGACCAGGUUUACUAUACAGAAAGCUCUGAACCGCUGGCAUCGUUGAAUAUAAACAUAACGAAGCAAGUUCGCGUCCGUUCAAUUAUCGAGUGCGGACAACUUUGUGGAUCCCAUGACUUUUGCGAGGCUUUCCUACAUAGCAUUAACAAAAAAGACGGAAACUGUCGAAUGCUGAAUGGAACACCCGAAAGAAAAAUGGGAUUGAUUAAACAUGUGGUCGAGGAGAAGUGGAGACUCUACAUUUCGCUUAAGGCAAAAUGUGAAAUGGAUAAAACGUGUCAAGGUCAAGGUCAAUGCAUGACGGAUUGCAAUCAGCCAGAUGUUGUCAAAUGUGGUUGUUAUGAAAACUAUUACGGCGAAUAUUGUGAGAAAUAUUACGACUACGAUCUGAACUUUCCCAACACCUCUGCAUACACACAGAUCGAUGUGGGACACAUAGACAAAAGCCUAAAUGAGUUUACCAUAACAGUCUGGGUGCUUUUUAACGUUGGCUAUGAAAGUUAUCCCCUGAUCUCGUACAAGACAAAAAAUUCGUCACAAAACAUCGCGAUGCAUUUCGACCUGGAUGGAAAUGGUGCAUCAACAAUAGCAAGCUUAACUGCUAAGGCAUUUAACAAAUCUUUAAGCAUGGUGACCAUACCCAUAAAUGACGACCAUUGGCAUCACGUUGGCUUUACGUGGUCAGGUGUAACCGGAAUUAUAAUGCUGCUUAUCGAUGGUGUGUUGUGGGCAACUCGAAAUGUCUCUAUGAGCAGCGAGAUACCAUCCGGAGGGAAGUUAACAAUAGGAGAAAAAAAAGCUGAGGGUGGAAACCAAUAUCUGGUCGGUAAGAUCAGUCGUAUGAACAUGUGGAGUAGAGCAUUAGAUGGAAAAAAGAUUGAAAUGAUGGCAAAAAGUCCUGGGAUAAAUGACGGUGAUUUGAUCACGUGGUAUAAACUAAAAAAUAUUGUGUCGACUGAAAGGAUCAUUCGUCCUUCAAAAGCAUCAUUCUCAGAGUAUUCUGACUACACGAGCUGGGAUGUGGCAUCCGACGUCACUAUGAUCUCCCUCACAGAGAGAAAUAUAAUUGGAUUGAAAUGCGAAAUCACAUUGAAACUAAGGCAAAAAUGCAUUCUCUCUUAUGUUCUAGGUAAUGAGACAAACUAUUAUAUAAGUGUGCCAUCUACAUUGGUUAGCUAUCCUGGACCACCACAUCCCAUAAAUUAUAUAUCUGCCUGUGUUUGGUAUUACGGAAGUGGGAGCGAGAACCACGAAAUCUUUUCAUACAACUCAUCAAAGGAAUUUAGGUUUCAGUUUAAGUCAGGAACACAACUGUUCACAAAAAUCAAUGGUGUUUCGAGUCAGAAGCAGGUUCCAAGUUCCUUCAAAAAAUGGCAUUUUCUUUGCUUAAAAUGGAAUGGAAAAAAAGCUUGGGUAAAGUAUUUCUUCGACGGCUUUCAAGUCGAUACAUCUGUCAAUGAUUCUGCAUUACAAAUAACCUUACCGGAACGGAAAAAUUUCGUUGUUCCUCUUUCAAGUAACGGUAAAAUUUUUUCACAACUAAAUAUCUGGGAUCACGAGAUUUCGAGCAGCAAUAUUCAAGUCAUGGUAUCAGGGGGGCUCAAUAUUCAUGGCAACGUGUUGGCUUGGAGCAAGCUUUUACCAUACGUCUCCCCUGGAGAUAUAAAAUUGCCUGUUACUAUUUAUCUACCAGGUUACACAGUUUUAACGAAGCGGACAAAAUGGUGCAGAGAUAAUCUCUCUGGGUCAUCCUGUCCUGGUGAAGAGGUUGCUAGACUGGGUGGCAUGAUCUCAAGGGAAUCAAUAUUUUGGCAAUGUUAUUGCCCAAAAUGUUUGACUGCUUCAAAAAACACGUUCGAUUUUGACACAACUCACACAAGCAAAACUUGUUAUGUUUCUAAAGUACAUCAUCAGCUCAUCCACAUCAACUGACACUCACUUUGGCACAAGACACAUAGGCAGUAACUUAUGAUACAGGCUUUCUUCUUUAUCACGUUAUUUUAUGUAGAAAUGAAAGACAGAUUUUGGUCACUACAUUGUUAAAUGUUGUUGAUCGGUGAUAAACCAGUAGUGAGGAUAAUUUGUAAUUCUACACUCCAGUACUUACGUUCCAAUGAUGUUUUGAUAUUUAGGUAAAAGCUUGAGUUCUGUGCUGAAAACUGUAGUGGAGUAAGAAUGGGAAAGUGAUCAAAAGCCAACAGACGGCUUUCUCAUUUCAUUUCCAAUAGAUGAAGUAUAAACAUAAUACCCAUGAUAUAUAUUAUACAUAUAUCAAAUAAAAAUUGUAUAUUUCACUUGUCAUUUAAAACAAAAGCAA